AUGAACGCUUCAACUUCGACUCACCCCGCUGGCGGGUUCCCAAGAAUCAUCGACAAUGGCUGCCUUGAACUCACUUCAGUGAUAGGCACCGGUGCAUACGGUGUCGUCUACCUGGCCAUCGAUUACAAAUACUCUCAACCACUUUGGCGUGCUGUGAAAUGUCUGCGUCGACAUGGUCUUGACUCGCGUCAGAAACAUUUCCAGCGUCGUGAGAUCGCUCUUCAUCGACUGGCAUCUGCACACCCUAGUAUUAUCGCUAUGGACAGGAUGAUCGAAGAAGGCGACAACGUCUAUGUAGUGAUGGAGUUUGGAGAGGAAGGUGAUUUGUUCGCUAUGAUAACGGAUAAACAGCGCUAUGUCGGCGACGAUGAACUCAUACGCGAUGUCUUCCUACAGCUGCUGGACGGUGUAGCAUGGCUUCAUUCCCUCGGUAUAAGUCAUCGAGAUAUCAAACCGGAGAACAUUGUCUGUUCGCAAGACGGCACGAGAGUGCGUAUAUGCGAUUUCGGUUUGGCCACCUCGGAACAGGAAUCAAGUGAAUUUGGCUGUGGGUCGACAUUCUACAUCGCUCCAGAGUGUCUUGGAGACUGGUUCCCCGACACCUCAUCGUAUCCUACUCGACCUGGAGAUGUUUGGUCAUUAGGUGUGAUAUUGGUUAAUUUGGUCUGUGGAAGAAACCCAUGGAGAAUUGCAUCACCUUCAGAUGAAUCAUUCAACUCGUUCCUCAAUGAUCCCAACUUCCUUCGACGCAUUCUACCUAUCUCAUCUCAGUGUCUCUUCGUCCUCCAACAGAUAUUCACCAUCAACCCUGCCGAUCGUAUAUCACUUGCGGCUCUUCGAAAACUCGUAUUGGAAGUGGAUACCUUUACCAUGGGUGAAGAGGAACUUCGUCUCGCUCACUACGCCGCUCAGGACUCUACUCCAACACCUCAGUAUCAGACCGUAGAGUCGUUGAUGCCUUUACAGGAAGUACCUGAAAUCGAAGGAGAGGGGGAAGGGGAGACUUGGCAAACUGAAGAUACGGUUUUUGUAUUUGACGAGUUGGAAACACCAUCGUUAAGAGCCGACUCGGGACCAUUAUCAUCCCCUGUUCAUCGAUCACGAUCCUCCUCGUCCAACGGAGGCUCUUUACCACCCACACCCCAAUUACUCGCCGAAGGAGGUCUCACGUUACCCCAACAUCAAUAUCAAUACCAGUAUCAAAAUCAACAUCCUUUCUUCGAAGUCCUCAAAGGCAAAACACCCUCAUCUAUAUCUGAAUUACGUGUUAAUCCAAUUUCACCCGAACUAUCCACAGUCAAUUCACCUAAUCCAUUCUUCCGAUAA